GAGAGAGAGAGGAUAGGAAAUGACUACCUAUUACGGGCCUUUGGGACUCAGGAAUUGUUUCAGCUCUCUCAUCACCCUUUUCCUCACCAUCUUCGCCAUCUCUCUCUUCUUGAACAAAGCCCAUCUCCGGCAAGAAGAGACGCCAACUCCUCCCCCUUCUUCACCACCUGCAGUUCUAAAUGUAUCCAAGGUCGAGAGGCAAGAAGAGAUCACCAUCCCUAUCCUUCCACCACCUGUAGCUCUCAAUCUAUCUAAGUUCGAGAGGCAAGAAGAGAUUACCACCCCUAUCCUUCCACCACCUGUACCUCUCAAUCUAUCUAAGGUCGAAAGGCAAGAAGAGAGGAUUACUAUCCCUUACCCACCACCACCACCACCACCACCACCACCUAUAGCUUGGAAUGCAUUGGAGGGCGAUGACAAGUGUGACUUGUUCUCCGGCCGGUGGGUGUAUGACAACUCGACCCAUCCGUUGUACUCCUGGCAGAAUUGCUCCUUCAUGCAUGAUGAAAUAGCUUGUGAAAAGUUUGGAAGGAAGGAUCGACUCUAUAAGAAUUGGCGCUGGCAGCCCCAUGGAUGUGAUAUUCCAAGGUUCAACUCCACAAAAUUGCUAGAGAGGCUCAGGGGGAAAAGGAUGGUGUUUGUUGGGGACUCCCUCAAUAGGAACCAAUGGGUCUCCAUGGUGUGCCUUGUGGAGUCAUCUAUACCUCCCGAACAAAAGUCCAUGAAAUUUAAUGGCAGUCUCCUGUCCUUCAAUGCCAAGGAAUUCAAUGCAUCAAUUGACUUUUAUUGGUCACCAUUACUGCUGGAGUCAAAUGGUGAUGAUCCAGUAAUCCAUCGAACAUCAGAAAGAAUUGUCCGGGCUCAUUCAAUUGAAAAGCAUGCAAAGCACUGGACAGAUGCUGACGUAAUCGUAUUCAACUCCUAUCUUUGGUGGAAAAAGCCAGGGAUUAAACUGAAAAUUUUGCAUGGUUCAUUUGAAGACAAAGAUAAAGAUUUCGAGGAAAUUGAGCUGGCACUUGGUCUUGAGGUAGCAUUGAGAACAUGGUCUGAGUGGCUUGAAUCACAUGUGGAUACUAACAAGACCCAGCUAUUCUUUGUUAGCUUGUCGCCCACUCAUGUCUGGGCUGAUGAAUGGGGUAAGCCAAGUGACCAAAACUGCUACACUGAGACUGAGCCAAUCACUAAAGAAGGGUAUGCAAGUAGAGGAACAGAUUAUUCACUGAUGCGGACGGUCGAGGCAGCAGUCGAAGGAUUAAGAUAUAAAGGUGUACAUGUGCAAAUACUUAACAUUACUCAACUUUCAGAGUAUCGAAAAGAUGGCCAUCCAUCUAUUUUCCGGAGGCAAUACGCUCCUUUAACUGAAGAGCAACUUGCAAACCCUACAAGCUACUCAGAUUGCACACAUUGGUGCCUUCCUGGUGUUCCUGAUACAUGGAAUGAACUUUUGUACACAUAUAUUAUGUCCAGAUGACAAAUAUCAGAUUGGUUGGGCAUAAAAUUAUAGAUUUUUGAAUGAUUAUUAUGUACUUAUUCUUUGAAUUGUGUAAUAAUUGUAAUAUGAUGGUAAAGCUGGUGGCAAAUAUUGUCAA